AAAAGCGGGAGACGAUGAUAUAGGCGCAGUCUCAGAGAGAAAUACACACGGGAAAUAGAGAGAGAGAUGAAGUCUGGAGAGUGAAAUGUUUUCUUGAGAAAGAAGAGACUAGAGAGUUAACGAGAAAGUGAGUCAAUAUACAAAGAAAGGAAAAACAAAACGAUGGGAAUGGUACAAGAGCAAAAUAUGGAGAAGCAGAUGGGUUGCAUGGCGGGCUUCCUACAGAUCUUUGAUCGUCAGCAGAUUAUCACCGGAAAGCGCCUCUAUGCCACCAAACGUCUCCCUUUAUCUACGGGUGUUGAUUCAACCCCAGAGCCAGAGAAGUCAAUUGGAUCACCAGCUAUGCCAAGGGAAUUGGAUAAGCCGCAGCAAACAAGAUCAAUGCCUUCUCCGGACAGGUUUAAGCAAUCUCCGGUGACGGAGCUCAGUUCACCGGCAGCACCGCAGUCUCUAUUAUCCGUUGAGAUUCAAUCAAAAUCGCCUCCUCUUCUUCCUGUUCUGGAAUUAAAACAAGGCACUAAAUCAUCUUGGAAAUUCUGCAAAGAAGCUCCAAGACUGUCUCUUGAUAGUAGAGCAACAUUUGAUGCAAAAGGAAGCCUUAAGCCGAGAGAAAUUCGUACAAACACUGCAAUCUUCUCAGUCAAUCGGUGCAACGAAGAGCGAACGGACGAUAAUGACAAACAACGCCGAUCGCCAAGUGUGAUUGCGAGGCUUAUGGGGCUGGAGUCAUUGCAGGAUUCGAGUCCGGAUCCUUCUGAACAUGUUAACAAACCUGAACUCAGAAGAUCUGCUUCUGAGUCUAGAGCCUCCAGAGAUCUGUUUCAGUAUCGAUUCAUUGAUGGAGUCAAUUUUCAGUUGAAGCAAACGCUGCAGCAAAACACACAAACCAGUAUUUCAAGAAACGGAGGUAAGAAUCUGAAUCCAAAUGGCAGAGCAGUAGAUCCAAAAGCGUACAAUGCGGUGCGGAACUUGAGAGCUGAACCAGCUAGAGCUCAAAACAAAGGCGUUGGACAGAGAAAGAGCUUCUUCGAUUCAGCUGAUUUCUUUCCCGAGCCAAAACAGACUAUUUCUAUAUGCGGUGAGAUUGAGAAGAGGCUGAAAAUGAGAGGAAUUGAUGAACCAUCGAAAGAUCUUGAAACUCUUAAGCAUAUACUCGAAGCUCUCCAACUUAAAGGCCUUUUGCAUUCCAAAAAGCUAACAAAUCAAACUAACCAAAGAAAUUUCGUUUACGAAGAAACUCCAGUAAUCCUAAUGAAGCCAGCAAAAUCACCAGCUUCAAUGAACCGGCCAGAUGGAAGAAUCAUCAGCGAUUCGCCUCCUUCAAGUUAUAGACAAAGACAUGGUGUUCGUCGAGAUCCUUACUACGUUGAGACAUUGCCUGGUAUGAGCCCCAGGCGCGAGCGACCGGAGAUUGAAAGGAAUGUGAGGGGCCAAGUCAGAGGUAAGAAUACGAGUUCGCCAAUGGCAAAUGAGAAUGGUGGUAGAAGUCCCAAUAGAAGGAGACCUAUGAGUGUUGAAACGCAGAGGAGAGUUAGUAACGAUUCAUUGGAGCAGAGAAGAGAGUCUCCGGUUCAGUCUCCUAAAAUUAGUUCGAAGACGACAAAUCGGUCACCAAGAAGAAAACCAACGGUUGAGAUUUAUCACAAGGAUGAUAAAGUGGCGGUCCCUGCUGAGGAUGAAUUAUCCACUGUCUCUGAGAGUAGUCUCAGCACCUCUUCUCACGCAGAUAUAGAGUUGCAGAGGUUGAAACUGGAGGAUUAUAACGAAGGAAGAAAUCUCUUGGAGAGGUGUGAUAAGCUGCUUCAUAGCAUAGCAGAGAUAACUGCAAACGAGUUGCAACCUAGUCCAGUAUCAGUGCUUGAUUCCUCGUUUUACAAGGAGGAAUCUUCUCCUUCACCUGUAAUGAAACGGUGCGUUGAUUUUAAAGAACUAGAGGAUGAUAUGUGGAGCACAGCAAUCUCUCACGCCGAGUCAAAUUCAGACGACUGGGACUUUAUGUACAUUUCUGAUAUCCUCCGAGCUUCAAAUUAUUUGCCCGAAGACUCAGAUAUAUUCCAGUUUCUAGAGAGGCAGCGGCAUCUCAAAGGAAAGGACACUUCCCAAGUGCCAGCACUGCAAAGAAAGCUUGUUUUUGAUACAAUCACGGAAAUUCUGAAUCGAAAGAGACAUUUGCCUCCUUGGAAGGGAGGACAGAUUUCGUUGCAACAAGUUUGGUCAGAGUUUCAAAGAAUUAGGGAGAGAGACGCAUCGGAUGACUUGGUUGAGGUGAUCUGUGGUAUGCUUAGAAAGGACCUCGCAGGUGAUACUAUAACUGGAUGGGGAGACUGCCCAAUUGAGAUGUCUGAAGCUGUUUUAGAUAUCGAGAGGCUGAUAUUCAAGGAUUUAAUUGGCGAAACCAUCCGAGAUCUCGCUGCCUUUUGCCGGAAGGGUAAUCAAGUAGUCCCCGUGCCUAGAAGGAAAUUGUUAUUCUAAAAUUGAAAGAACAAAAAAAAUAAAGUGGCCUUGGUUUCUUUU